AUGCUUUGUCAAGUUGAAAAGCUUGCGGAUCUUGGAGGCUCUCUUUGGUCCGAGCUUGCGUGGAAGAACAGAGUCGGUGAGUCCUUCAAUUUCAGCAUCUCCCUUCUUGACGAUGACAAGAGAAAGGGCGGACAUGUUGGCGUCAACGAUGCAUCCGCGGACGGACUUUCUCUUGCGCUCUCCACUCUUACGCUCACGAUGCUCUGCAGUCACAUAAAAGCAGAGCAAUGUAUCGAACGGGUGCCCAAGGCAAUGUUUCAGAAAAAGCAGGAGAUGGAAGACAAUAAUUUGUUCUUGGAAGGAAAUACGAAUCGUGGAAAAGUAUCCAAAGCACAAGAAAAAUUCAAAACUUUCUGUGACGAAUGCGAUAAUUGCAACAAAUCUUUCAUGUGUCUGUUCUGUGGACGUAUACUUUGCGGAAGAAAUGAUUCUGGUCAUGCCAUUGAACAUUGUGAGGACUUGGGUCAUCCAGUUGUGAUAGAUUGUAUAACUUUCGAGCUGUAUUGUUAUUCAUGCGAUGAUGAGGUCUCCCUAGAUUUCGAGCCAUCCUUAUAUGGUGUCCUAAAAUCAUUGAAACUUCUUUUCGACCGAGAGGAUGUUAUAGAAGGCGGCGAAGGGCCGACUAUAACAGCUCAAUCUUCACCAGGGAUUACCAAUGUUUCUACCACCUUUGCUACAAAAUUGCGCGUGGCUCCCGAAAAGAAAGGAUCGAAGAAAAAACGCGGGAAGAAGGGAAAAGUAAGCCCGAUGUUUGAUACUCCGUUCCAAGGAGCAGUCAUCAUUGAUUGUACCAAUCCUCCUCCUACUUCAAUGAAAACAAAUGUAUCUGGAGUCUCCGCAGCUUCAUCUGCUUCGGAAAUAACAUGUAGACCACGUGGUUUGAGGAAUAUUGGAAAUACGUGCUUCAUGAAUGCAGUAUUGCAAGCUUUGGCAAGUAUAUACGACUUUCGUGAAUAUAUAAUUUCUCUCCCAUCACUGGAAGAUUAUGUUGAAGAUGAGAAACUUUCGAAAAACGGGAACUGCUUUUUGACUGAUGAAUAUAGGAAGUUGUUAAUAUCAAUGUCCGCAAAGAACUAUCGUGAUCCGACAGCUCCAAAUGAAUUUCGAGAAGCAUUCGUCUCUGCAUGUCCCAGAUUUAGAGGUUUCCGACAGCACGAUUCUCAUGAAUUUCUGAGAUAUCUUUUGGAUCAACUGAAUACUGAAAUGAGAAAAUGCCGACAUUUGCCCGAUAUGCCCGAUGAUAAAGUAACACCGAUUUCAAAACAUUUCGAAGGAAUAUUACAGAGUAGUGUUAUUUGCCAGACAUGCAGAAACUGUAGCAAUAAAAUGGAUGAAUUCAUGGAUCUCUCGUUGGACGUUCCACGACUUUCAAAGGCUCGAAUCCGUCUAUCCGAUUGUCUCGACCUAUUUUUUCAAAAAGAACUUCUUGAAAAGGGAGAAAAGCCGGAAUGCUCUAAAUGCAAGUCGAAGCAAACAUGUUCAAAACAAAUGUUCAUCAAAAAGUUGCCUGAUGUUCUUUGUCUGCACAUAAAACGAUUCCGAGACAACGGAGGAAAGAUUGAUACAUUGAUCGAGUUUCCAAUGGCAGGAUUAUCGGUGGACGAUUUUCUGACUGAGGACAGCGAUGAGCCGCCAUGCGUCUACGAUCUUCAAUCAAUUAUAGUUCAUAUUGGCUAUGGAUGCUCUUCCGGCCACUACAUUGCAUUUGGUCGUCGUGGUCAAAAAUGGUAUCAAUUUGACGAUACAGUAGUGAAACCAGUGGAUACAAGUCUCGUUUCAAAACAAAAAGCAUACGUGUUAAUGUACACAAAAUCGACUAGAAAUCCGUAA